AUGUUUGGCAAGAAAAAGAAAAGGCUUGAAAUCUCCGGACCGUCUAAUUUUGAGCACAGGGUUCAUACUGGGUUUGAUCCCCAAGAACAGAAGUUCACAGGACUCCCACAGCAGUGGCACAGCUUGCUGGCAGACACAGCCAAUCGACCAAAGCCUGUAGUGGACCCUUCAUCCAUCACACCCAUUCAACUUGCUCCCAUGAAGACAAUUGUUAGGGGAAAUAAACCCUGCAAGGAAACUUCAAUCAAUGGUUUGCUAGAAGAAUUUGACAAUAUUUCUGUGACUCGUUCCAAUUCCCUAAGGAAAGAAAGUCCUCCUACUCCUCAUCAGGGUACUUCAAACUAUGUCCAGAGACAUUCAGAAGAAAAUGGUUUCAUCACAUUUUCUCAGUACUCCAGUGAAUCUGAUACUACCACUGACUACAUGACAGAAAAAUACAGAGAAAAGGGUCCAUAUGGGGAUGAGUUGGAUCGAUAUUAUGAAGGCAGUCAAGCAUCUAAGCAAAAUGGACAUACAGUGAAAAUGAAAUCUGAUGAUGCCUAUUAUUCUGACAUACAGGCUUUGAAAUCAGAUGUGUCCAGGCUUCCUCCAGAUUAUCACACCCACAUGGAUAUGCUAAAUAAACCAAGUGAAUAUUGUGGCUUCAAGUGGGACUAUCACAGAGUUUCAACUGGAUCCCCUCUGGAUUACCGAGAUCCCUUUCAAUUAACUCCCUCUAGGACUGCAGGGAUAAGUGAAUGCUCAAAAGAAAGCCUGGUGUACAGUGAAAGUGAAUGGAGGCCCAGCAUGGAUGAUUAUGAUAGGAGACCAAAGUCUUCAUAUAUAAAUCAGACCAGCCCUCAGCCAGCCAUGCGACAGAGAUCAAGAUCAGGUUCUGGGCUUCAGGAACCUGCCAUGCCAUAUGGAGCAAGUGCAUUUAAGUCAAACCCACAAGGGCACUCAUAUAGCUCUUACACCUACCCUCGCCUCUCAGAAACUGCCACGUGCAUUCCAAAGGUGGACUAUGAUCGAGCACAGAUGGCUAUUAGCCCAACUCUGUGUGGAUCUGACACUUACCCUCGGGGCCCCAUCAAACUACCUCAAAGUCAGAACAAAGUUAACUAUUCCUCAAGUGGCUACCAGUAUCCUUCUGGGUAUCACAAGGCUGCUCACUACCAUCAGCCUGGUCUCCAGAACAGCUCUCAGUACAUCUCCACAGCUUCCUAUCCAAGUUCCCCAAGCAUCUCUUCAACUGCUUAUCCCCCACCUAGUUGGGGUUCAUCUUCAGACCAGCAGCCCUCUAGGGUGUCCCACGAACAAUUCAGGGCUGCUCUACAGCUUGUGGUUAGCCCUGGUGACCCUCGAGAAUACCUGGAUAAUUUUAUUAAAAUAGGAGAAGGGUCAACUGGAAUAGUUUAUCUUGCCACUGAGAAACCCACAGGAAAACAAGUUGCGGUAAAGAAAAUGGACCUGAGGAAACAACAGCGGCGUGAGCUGCUUUUUAAUGAGGUUGUGAUAAUGAGAGAUUACCAUCAUGACAAUGUGGUUGACAUGUACAAUAGUUAUCUUGUUGGUGAUGAGCUGUGGGUUGUCAUGGAAUUCCUAGAAGGUGGGGCUUUGACUGAAAUAGUAACUCACAUGAGAAUGAAUGAAGAACAGAUAGCUACAGUCUGUUUAUCGGUCCUGAGGGCCCUUUCUUACCUUCACAAUCAAGGGGUUAUUCACAGAGACAUCAAGAGUGACUCCAUCCUUCUGACGAGUGAUGGUCGAGUAAAGUUAUCUGAUUUUGGUUUCUGUGCCCAAGUUUCUAAAGAAGUCCCAAAGAGGAAAUCACUGGUUGGCACUCCUUACUGGAUGGCACCAGAGGUCAUAUCUAGACUACCUUAUGGAACAGAGGUGGAUAUCUGGUCACUUGGAAUUAUGGUCGUAGAAAUGAUAGAUGGAGAACCUCCUUACUUCAAUGAACCUCCACUCCAGGCAAUGCGUAGGAUCCGUGAUAACUUACCUCCAAGAGUGAAAGACCUACACAAGGUUUCCUCAGUGCUUCGAGGGUUCCUAGACUUGAUGUUGGUGAGAGAACCCUCCCAGAGAGCAACAGCACAAGAACUCAUCGGACAUCCCUUCUUGAAACUGGCAGGUCCACCUGCUUGCAUUGUACCACUUAUGAGACAAUAUAGGCAACGCUAAAUGGCAGGACCCUGUGGUUAGAGAUCUGAAGGAGGAUUUCUCACAAGUGAUUUGAGAGAGAGCAUGAAAACCCCGGGGAAGUAUAAACAACUUGUCAUUUCCAUUAUUUUUUUGAGACCUGCAGCCAGCAAGCCUGAAAGACUCUGUAUAGGCAUUUUUUGAAAAGGUAAUAAUGCAUAGCACAUGUAGGAUAAGCCACAGGAGUUUGCUCCAAGAGGAAGACUACCCUUCAUUUCUAUUUUGGAACAAUACUUUUCUGGCAAAAGAUAAAAAGCACUUUUUU